CAUCAGCAGGAGGGCUGGAAGCCGUCAGUACGGCAGCAGCAGCCCCGGAGUGCGGGGAGCUGUCAGUCAUCUGCGUCUGACUUCGCCUUCUGUUACCGCGACAGGAAGCACAGAUAAUAGCCGUGCCUUGGAAACAAAGCAUUGCAGCAGGGGCUGGGAGGUCCCGAGAGAAGCGACCCCUUUAGCGUUCCAGCUCUGCAGCCCAGCUGUCCGGGAUACAGGACGGCAGCUGUCUGCCUGCAUUAAGUGUGGGCGCCCCGGAACACCCGCUCUGCCCUCCGCUUACAUCUGCAUUGUGCUGCUGGACCUGUUUGGAAAGAUGCCACCCUGUGUCAUUUUGAAUCCCGACCAUCGUCUUCUUCCAAGACCCCAUUAGGUGAUUAGGAUGCCCACCUCCUACUGCACACAGGCAGACCCCCUCCAAAGCGUCCAUGCCUAAUGCUUGCUGUGGAUGUGGUGCAAAAACGCACAGGAACCAGUGGAGAUGAGCGAGGGGCUUGUGUUCUCAGUGUGUGGCUAGUGCUUAACCCAUUAAUAGGAUUAUGAAGAUGCAUUAAGCAACAUUCCAAAUGUAUAUUUAACACAGACCUGCUUUUACGUCAUCAGUGCCAAUAUCUCACUUUUGUCUUAUUUCUUGUUGAUUUGGGACUUUGGAUUUAAGAUCGAAUAACGCAAUAGUCUUGUACAUUGGUAAAGAAGAUAUAGCAUUUUUGCACUUUUUUUGGUUAUAUAGAAAAACAUUGUUUUAUUGAUUCGUACAGGCCGGUCGAAGAUGACCCACAGACGUUCCCUGAGAUAUCUGAACUGUUUGCCUAUUCUGGUCCUUUUGCCCUGUUCUCUUGUCCAGAGUGGGUCAGAUACCACCAACGUGGAUUAUGUCAAUGCCGCGGUCAACAUCACCAUUCAUGAUCCCAGCAGCAACUCUGUCCUCCAGAGAAUUGACAGUGGACGCUAUGGUCUGGACUCCCCCAAAACGGAAGCUAAAGGAAUCCUUCUUACCCCAUUGCCCAUCCAUGGAGUGAUAGAUCGACAAGGCUGUGACCCUCAAACCCGUUUCCACGUGCCCCCAAACACUAAGCACUGGAUCGCAUUUCUACAGCGAGGGAAUUGUACGUUCAAGGAAAAGAUCCUACGUGCUGCCUCUCACAAUGCUUCGGCAGUUGUCAUCUAUAACAACAAUUCCAAGGAAGAACACGUGACAAUGACCCAUGCAGGAACGGGAGAUAUAGUUGCCAUAAUAAUCUCCGAGUCAACAGGUCGAGAUAUCUUGAGCUAUGUCGAGAGGAAUAUAUCUGUUCUUAUGGCCAUCGCAGUUGGGCCACGUAAUCCUCCUAAGAAUUUCAGCCGAGGAUCGCUGGUCUUCGUUUCCAUCUCUUUCAUAGUCCUUAUGAUUAUUUCAUCGGCCUGGUUGAUAUUUUACUUUAUACAGAAGAUCAGGUACACAAGUGCUCGUGAUCGGAACCAGCGUCGCCUCGGGGACGCAGCUAAGAAAGCCAUCGGGAAACUGACAACAAGAACAGUCAAGAAGGGAGAUAAGGAAACAGACCCGGACUUUGACCACUGUGCCGUCUGCAUCGAGAGCUACAAACACAAUGACAUUGUUCGCGUCCUGCCAUGCAAGCAUGUUUUCCACAAGCUGUGUGUGGAUCCGUGGUUAAGUGAGCACUGCACCUGUCCCAUGUGCAAACUGAAUAUUUUGAAGGCCUUGGGAAUUGCGACUAACGUGCCAUGCACAGACAAUGUAGCAUUCGACAUGGAAAGACUCACCAGGGGGCAGUCCACGACCCGCCGAUCAGCACCCAGCGAUCCAACGGAAGAAGGAACUCUGAUCUUGGAAUCUCUAAGGUCCUCCGUAGUGCUUCCUCAGGAUGGAGAGGUCACUCCAAGGACAGGAGAAAUUAACAUCGCUGUGACAAGUAGCCUCUUCUUUCAUCGCAAUUCUCUAUCUCCGAGGAGCCUUGGUUAUGAGACAGAACUAUCAACCAUCGAACCUUCACUUGACAUGUUCGAAGAGAACAAAACUUGAGUUGUCUUCAGCCCACAGAUCCUUACUCUUAUAGUCAGUUCCUUUCUCUCAACACUUCAUUAAUCAUUUUUAACGCCCUGUUGUGUGUUUUGUGUAUUAAACGAAGAACUUAACAGAAUAUGAAAGCACAGUAUCCCAUCUCUCCCAUCAACAUUUUGGAUGCUUCAAAACAACAACAGUGGAAGGUCUGGAGUUUUUAUUCAUAUGCUACAUGAAGAAGCACAACAACACAGAAGACAUCCCUAGUUUUGUUACAUCAGUUACAUUUACAGAAACAAUAUCAAUCUCAAUUAAAAAAUAAACACCAUCCGGAAUAAUAACACUUUAAGACCUAAUGUAUGUGGAACUGGGAAUCCUCUGAAGCAGAAAAUGUGGUGGUUCUUGGAAACACUAAUAUAGAAUGACAAUUUAUACAAAAAAAGGAAAGAGAGUUAGAAAUCAUGGAAAACUUUUAUGGACUAUUAACAAACAUGCUGUUUCGUCAGUUUUAAAUGGAUGUAUUAACACUGUUUUUUGGAUUUACACAGUACUAGUGCUGGAAAUGGGGGGAGAUGUUAUCUACAUAGUUCUACCUGCGAUGUAAGAAUUCCCUUUAUAACCAGGGCUUCAGCAUCCUUGUAGCUAGUUUAAAAACAAAUCUAAUCCUGGGAGUCAAAUGCUUCUGCUUUUGCCCUUAUGACUGUGAUGUGGUGGCAACACUGGAAAUAUAGAAUAUGUGGGCAAGCUGUGAUACAUUCUAGGGCAAUUCAGACUGUGGACAUUAUUAGAAUUGAUCAUUUGGCUUGUGUCUAGGUGUAAGCUUUGCCUAAAGAUUCUUUUGUGGUAUAGCGCAGCAACGAUUUAGAUUUAUUGUAUAUGUUUUUUUAAUUUCAUGCUCUCCAAACUUAGCAAUAUUUUCUUUGCAGCCAGCUAGUGAUUAGUCACUAAUUAUAAAGACAUUGUCAUUGUCCAGUGCAAUCCAAAAUAUUGUAAUAUCAUUCCUGCAGACACAAAUAUUCCUGUUUAUGUACCUGUACUCUUCACAUUCUGGUUUACAUGCUAAGAAUUCAAUCACCCACAUCUGACACUAUGAAUCUGCUAAUUUUAGAACAUGGAAAAUAUACGCUGACAAUGCAUUGUU